AUGGCCGAUUCGCUCAAAGCCUUGUCCAAUGAUUUGUCCCAAGCGAUCGACAGUUACACCGACUCGUCUGGCCCGGAAGGCUUCGCUCAACGCAAGAAGAUAGUUGCGCUCGCUAAAGGCAUCAUCGAUGAUGUCCAAGACCCGCUUGAGAAGCCGUUUGACUACUGUGUUUCAAUGGCCGAGAUGGGUGCUUUGCGCGUCUUGAUGGACUGGCGCGCCCUGGAGCAUAUUCCACGGGACGGUUCCAUCUCCUAUGCUGAUUUGGCCGCUAAAGUUGACGCUGAAGAGCCUUUGCUACGUCGGUUCGCAUCGAUGCUUGUCUCGACUGGAGUUCUGAGACAGAUUGGCGAGGACCGCGUCGCCCACACCAAGUUGUCCCCGAUCUAUGCGAACAACGUCCCUCAAGGCAUGUUCUUCCAGAUCAUGUUUGACGAGGGUCUAGUGCCCUACUGCAAGUUCCCAGAGUACUUCAAGGCGUAUGGUCGCAAGGAGCCUCUGGAGCCCACGCACUCACCGCACGGCUUCGGCUGGGGCGUUCCGGAGAAGAACUUCUGGGAUGCAUGCACAGAGCAGCGGAUAGAGGCUGUUAAUAUCAGUAUGCAAACGCUGGACCAAGUGCUGCCCGUCAUUGGCAUCUACCCGUUCAGGUGGGUUAUGGAGAAUGCUGACAAAGUUGCGCCUGACGCGCCGCUUAUUGUCGACGUUGGCGGCGGAAAGGGCCAGGUGCUCGCCCAGAUCAGGGAUAGUCUUCCAGAGCUCCCAUCCGAACGUCUCGUGCUGCAGGAUCGGGAUAUUACUAUCAAGCACGCCGAAGAGAGCAGGCCCCAGCAACUGGAGGGCGCAAAGUUCAUGGUCCACGACUUCUUCAAGCCGCAGCCUGUCAAGGGAGCACUGGUAUACUUCCUCCGUCGUGUCAUGCAUGACUGGUCAGACAAGUACAACGCCCAGAUCCUCGGCCACUGCAGAGACGCGAUGACGCCCCACUCGCGCAUCCUUAUCAUGGACCAAGUCAUGCCCAAUCCGCCAACAGCCCAACCAUGCCAGGUGGAUAUCUGCAUGAUGAACCUUGGGGCGAAGGAGCGCACCAUUAAGGACUGGCACACCCUGGUUGACUUGGCCGGGCUGGAUCUCGUCAAGAUCUGGCAAAUCCCUUCUUCCGAGGUGUCAGUGAUUGAAUGCAAGAAGAGAGCUGAGGUGUAA